AUGCAGAGCGAUCUCAUCGUCUGAAAAGUUGGAAAUGCUGAGUUUGUCCAGAAGUUGAAUGGAAAUGUGUCUCAAACGAUGAGGUUAACGCGAAUGCGGGGAAAUUAACACCGGGAAUAGGGUUGCCCUCGACCGAAGCUCCACUCUCACCAAGUUGGUACCACCGUCCGGUUUGUCGGGAGGUGAAGAUGAUGUCCGACGCCAGUGAGAUGCUGGCCGCGGCCCUUGAGCAGAUGGACGGCAUCAUCGCAGGCUCCAAGGCCAUGGACUACUCCAACGGGCUCUUCGACUGCCAGUCCCCGUCCUCCCCCUUCCUGGGCGGGAUGCGAGCCCUGCACCUGCUGGAGGACCUGCGGGCCGCGCUGGAGCUGAUGGACGGCGAGGAGCGCGACAACCUGCGCUGCCAGAUCCCCGACUCCACGGCCGAGGGGCUGGCGGAGUGGCUCCACCAGGGCCGGCUGAGUAACGGUCACGGAUUUGGGUCGGUCGAGGCCGCAUACCAGGAACGUCUUUCCCGUCUCGAGAGCGACAAAGAAUGCCUCGUUCUCCAGGUCAGCGUCCUCACAGACCAGGUGGAGGUCCAGGGGGAAAAGAUCAGGGAUCUAGACCGGUGCCUUGCGGAACACCGGGAGAAGCUAAAUAACACUGAGCAGCUGUUCCAGCAGGAGCUGAGCACCAGGACUACUCUGGAGACACAGAGGACUGAACUCAUGUCGGAGCUCUCCCGACUGAAGGUGAAGCUGAGCGACUUGGAAAGAGAUCGGCAAGACGCAGAGGGCCUGUACCAGGAAGUGACUGAGCUGAGGUUCAGGCUGAGCCGUGAGGAGAAUGAAAGGCAGCAGUGUGAGAGGAAGCUCAAUGCCACCACCGAGGAGCUGCAGCUGGUCCACGGCCGACUGGGGGAGCAGGAGGGGGAGCUGUGGAGGCUGAAGGAGCCCGCCGGCCGGCCGGGGACUGGGGGCCACGACGCAGGGAGAGAUAUGGAAAUGUUGAAUAUGAAGAGUGCGCUGGAGUCGCUGAUGUCCGCCAACAGCGAGAAGGACCAGCGCAUCGAGGAGCUGCUGGUGGCCUCGGCCCCGUACCGGAGAGGCCAGGACCUGAUGGAAGAGAGGCUGAACGAGGCUGAUUACGACGACAUCACCGACCAUCCAUCUGUUGCCGUCGCCAUGGAGACUGCGCAGGUCGUCUUGGCGAUGGAGGCGGGGACGGGGAGGAGCUCCGGCGAGUCCAGCCCCUGCAUCGCGGUGCUGUCAGAGAUGACGGCUCUGGACCGGGAGCGGCAGCAGGCCACAGAGAGCUCAGCGCCUCCGUCCAGCAGCGCGGCCCAAACCCCCCCCGGUGCUGAGCAGAGCACCAGUCAGGAGGGAUCGGCCUCUCCAACGCUACAGAAUGAAAGCUUCGGCACCAAGAAGGCGCGCUCCUCCUUCGGCCGCGGCUUCUUCUUCAAGUCGCGUGGAGCCAAGCGGACGGGCAGCUCUCCAAACCUGGCAUUGUUCCGGUCUGCUUCUCUCGCUGUUGCUCCCUACGAAACUCCUGAAACGGAGGCGGAGCAGAGGGGCACGGACCACCUGGACCUGGCCGUGGCCCCGCCCCCCCCGCCGCGAGGCUCCGCCCCCGCCGGGCCGGACUCCGCCUCCUCACCCGAAACCCGCAAGAAGACCAAGGGGCUGAGGAAGUUCUUUGGCAGGAUGAAGAGGAGCCACUCUUCCUCGUUGAACCUGGACGACCCGUCAGACUCGGAGUUCAGAAGGGGCGGAGUCAGGGCCACCGCGGGCCCCCGCCUCGGCUGGUCACAUGACCUCAAGCAGGACGGCGGGCCUGCCGACCCCCCCUUCCCACAGUGGAGCAGCGACCAGGUGUGCGGCUGGCUGGCGGCCCAGGGCCUGGGGCAGUACGUGGCCCAGGGGCGGGAGUGGAUCCUCUCGGGGCAGACGCUGCUGGACGCGCCCCAGAGCGACCUGGAGAAGGAGCUGUGCAUCAGGAACCCCCUUCACAGGAAGAAGCUGCAGCUGGCGCUCCGGGCCGCGGUCGGCCCGGGGGACGAGGACCUCCAGGGGAUGCUCAACCACAACUGGGUCACCCGAUGGUUGGACGACAUCGGGCUGCCCCAGUACAAGAGCCAGUUCGACGAGGCUCGCGUCGAUGGUCGCAUGCUGCACCACAUGACCGUGGAGGACCUCCUCUCCCUGAAGGUGGGCAGCGUCCUCCACCACCUCAGCAUCAAGCGGGCCGUCCAGGUGCUGCGGCUCAACCGCUACCAGCCCAACUGCCUCCGCCGGCGGCCGUCAGACGAGAACAACAUCACUCCGGCAGAGGUGGCCCAGUGGACCAAUCACAGGGUGAUGGAGUGGCUGCGCUCCGUGGACCUGGCGGAGUACGCCCCCAACCUCAGGGGGAGCGGGGUGCACGGAGGACUCAUGGUGCUGGAGCCGCGCUUCAACGUGGAGACACUGGCCCUGCUGCUGAACAUCCCCCCCAGCAAGACGCUGCUGCGGCGCCACCUGGGGACGCACUUCACCCUCCUGACCGGCGCCGAGGCCGGCCGCAGCAAGCAGGACGGCCUGGAGAACCCCGACUACAGCCUGCUGACCGCCACCGCCCGGGUCAAGCCCCGGAGGCUCUCGUUCGGGGGCUUCGGCACCCUGAGGAGGAAGCAGCCGGAGGACACCAGUGACUACGUGUGUCCCAUCGACGUGGAGAUGCCCAAGAACGCCAGCUUCCAGCAGGGCCUCCCCAGCUACGGCCAGCUGGCGCAGAUGGAGGACUCUGAGGGGACCGUCAGACAGAUCGGGGUGUUUUCUGAGGAGAUUAAUAAUUUAACGAACAUGCUGCAGGGGGACGUGUUCAUGACAGAGGUCACCGAGGUCGACGGAGCUCAGGGGGACGUUCCCGUGUGAAGGAGAGAUGACACCGCAUCCCGCUACUCAGCUAUUACCAAGAAUAUUGAGGUCUCUCCCUCUCUCUGUCUCUCGUUAAACUGCAUGAACUGAGAAUGUGACAACCAUUACCUUAAUGGUAACCCCCAUCUCAACCACCAUUAUUUUAUCAGUUAUCUUUGACUGCAUCUUCAUUGAGAUAUUAUUUAAAACCAAAAGUGUUGGCCAUUCCUCUAUGUAUUACGUAUUUUGAACCUUCAUGUGACGGCUUUUAACCAGAUGUAUAUCUGGCUACGUUAGACUCUCCGUUAAAGUGUGUUACUCCCGUCAGGCUUGCAUAUCUUCAUCAGUGGUACUUACUAUCACCAAGUAUUAUCUAAGAGAAUAAAAGGAUAUAUAUACCAACCCUUUUUCCUGUUCAUGAGUUUCCGGCUAUAAGCACAAUUUCGCCAGAACCAGUGAGGUCAAAAAUGAUAUUUUUUAAUUUUUGCUAAUAAAAAUUUACAAACGCUACAUACUUGUCUUGUGUUGA